UCUAGGGUUUAGUCCAUUUCUCCACGCACACUCCACUCUCUGAGAUAUUUUUUUGUUCCUAGAAAAUGAAAGCCAAAAACAAUUACUACUAUUAUUAGCAUAAUUUUUUAUGCAAAUAAUUCUACUAAGCUCGGAAAUGGCGAUUUCGCUGUUCCUUUCUUCGCCUCCCGUCGUCUCGCCGCCCUUCUCCGCCAAACCCCACUGCCAUUUCCACAACCGCAGGAUAAUUAUUCCCUCCGCAUCCUUCCGCAACAACAACUCUCUGCCCGAGACCGAGUGCCCCGUCCCGUCGGAGCAGCAGCCCGUCAACGAAUACAAGGCCCUAUCGGAGUCCUUCCCUUUCGCCUGGGCCUCCGGCGACUUGGUCGAGUACUGCUCCCGCUUGUUCGUCACCGGAGCUUCGUUUGCGCUGUUCGUGGGGCUGCCCGUGCUGUGGUUCGGGUCGGUUGGACCCGAGUCCGACCCUUUGAAGCCGGUCUUGGGCGCCGCUUCUAGUGGGCUUUUCGUGGUCACUCUCGCCGUUGUGAGGAUGUAUCUUGGCUGGGCCUACAUUGGCAACCGCUUGCUCAGUGCCACUGUUGAAUAUGAAGAGACUGGGUGGUAUGAUGGACAGAUGUGGGUGAAGACUCCUGAAAUUUUGGCCCGGGACCGUCUCUUGGGCUCAUUUUCUGUGAAGCCAGUCCUCGGCAGAUUAAAGAACACCCUCGUGGUUCUUGCAACAUCGUUGCUUCUGUGCGCUGGCCUUCUUAUAUCUGCCGAGAGCAGCCAAAAGGCGGGCUACGUGCCAUCACAAGAAGUUGGCGGUAGAUCUGUUCCUGGAGUUUACAGUGAUGAAUCUGCAAGAACAUUCGAGGGAGAUGCAUUUUGUGGUGAACCUGACCUUAGUUGAUGGCAGCAGGAGCCCAGCAUUUGUUAUAUACUUGUUUGUAUACAAUCCCAAUUCUGUACAGUACUAAUAGUAAAUCCAGAUUAGAUGUAUUCUGCCUGUGCGGGUAGCUCAGUUGGUUUUUGGGUGGCAGAUUGUGAGCAAGAAUAGAUGUAUUCUGAAGAAAAGUGAUGAAACCAUAGGAGUAUAGAAGUACAUAAUAAGCUUGUAUUUGAUCAUUUUCACCUAGUUAGGUAAGCAAGUGAUCCAUAUCCUUACUUUUGUUUGGAAAAAUGCACAUUGACCUGUCUCCACAAUACUUGUAUUCUUCCAAAGGAAACAAUAUUUUAUAUUCAUUAA